AUGAAGAAAACAACAUCAAAAUCUCUACUAAUUGAAGCCAUUAUUGGUAACCAAGACUUAGCAAAUGAAGUAUUACUUCGUUUACCUCCAAAAUCUCUAGGGAAGUCAAGGUGUAUAUCUAAACAAUUUCUUUCCUUAAUCUCAAAUCCAUAUUUCGAACGUUGUUACUCCCUCCUUCACCCACCUUCUUCCUCUGGCCUUUUCUUGGUUCCUUCAAACACAAGUUACUUCCCUAAUGAAAUCGAGUAUCUUCCCCUAAGUCAUCAAUAUGAUCAUCCAAACGCGCCUUCAGUAAGUUUUCUUACCUCUCAAGGUUUCAAGAUUUUACAGUCUUGCAAUGGAUUAUUGCUUUGCUCAAGAAAACAACACAUAACAACAACAUAUCAUGUAUGUAACCCAACAACGCGACAAUAUGUUGAUCUUCCUAGACACCCUUUCAUGAAGAAGAGAUAUCAUUUUGGGUUGUCAUUAGCUUAUGAUCCUUUAACAUCACCUAAUUACAAGGUAAUUAGUGUCCAAACACUUGAUGAUCAUCAAGGCUUAUGCCAAAUUUCAAUCUAUGAAUCAAAAACUGGUCUGUGGAAUCUUCAGAAUAAGAUGUUUGUAGCACCAAAGGGAAUAGAUUUUGGGCACGCGGUAUAUUGUAAUGGCAAUGUUCAUUGGAUUAAGGGUACUAAAUCAAAGGGAUCAUACUUUAAUAUUGAUACUAAUUGUCUCCACUCAUUGCCUGAAUUACCAAUGAAGGAAACUGAUCAUGUUGAUCAUCAUUAUAUAUUCGAGUACUUUGGUCAUUCUCAAGGCUAUUUGCAUUACGUUGUCACGUCUCCUACCCUACGCCAUUUUGAAAUAUUCGAGAUGAACAAAGAAUAUUCUAGAUGGUUCUUAAAGUUUAAGAUUGAUCUUAGUGCUUUGGCUAGGAAGUUUCCAAACAUGGCUAGGAAGUUUCUUGGUGGAUAUACACUUGAUUUGAGCUAUGAAUGUGAUGUUUUAUCAGUUUUUCGAGGACAGGAUGAAAAUAAUCAGUUCAAGGUUUUGCUGUCAAUUCCUGGUGAGGUAAUUUGUUACAGUCAGAAGGAGAAAACUUCAUGGAAAGUUUGUGACUUGAAGGUUCGCGCUGAAGAGAGGCGUGUAUGGUAUAGAGUUUACUCUGCUUUUGAAUAUUAUGAGACCAUUUCUACUCUUUAA